AUGGCACGAUUCAAGCUAUCGGAGCAAGGCGCGCUCGCUCUCGCCAAGACGAGCCUCCACGACCGUAUUAUCGGUUGUCUCUUUGGCUCGGCCCUCGGCGAUGCCAUAGGCCUGUAUACCGAGUUUCUCUCGGCCGAGGUGUCGGCCAAGUCGUAUCCCGAGCGCAGGUUUGUUCUCGCUCCGCCAUCAGAAGCGACGCCAUUUCGACGGGAUUCUCACCGCGGGCCGCACGAGCCAGGUGAAUGGACCGACGAUACGGACCACGCGCUGCUCAUCCUCCUCUCCUGCCUUCACAGCAAUCUAGGGCUGUCCAGCCCAGGCGACCUGGCAUCGCGGCUGCACAUCUGGGUUCGGUAUGGGCUGCGAGCGCUCGACACUCUGCCCCUCGGCCUAGGGCGAACCGUAGGGUCCAUCGUCCGGACGAAAGGGUACCUCGACGAUCCCGAGGGCACGGCGAGGCAACACUGGACCAACUCAAAAUACAACGCCGCUCCGAAUGGGAGUCUGAUGCGCACCCACCCGCUGGCGCUCGUCUGUCUCGACAAGAGCGUGGAUGAGACCUUUCAGCUGGCCGCCGACUUUUCCGUCGUCACCCACGUCGAUCCCCGAUGCAUCAUCUCAUGCGCCAUCGGCACGGCCCUGGUUCGGAGCCUGGUCCUGCACGAGGUUUGCCGAGAGGAGGACAUCGACGUCCUCGUCGAGCAAGCCAUCGCUUGGUACGCCGGGUACAGGGAACGUGGGCUGCAGGAUACGUCACGCGGCGCCGAGCCGGACCUGGAUAUUGCCGAGUUGCGCCGGCACGUCAGAGUCGACGGGCUCGAGGUGCUGCAGCUCGACGACUCCAUGAAGUUGGGCUACGUGUACAAGACGCUUGGGUCUGGCAUUCACCUGCUUAGGCUUGCCAUGCGAUCCUCGGACGCCACACUCUCUUCCCAGGCGACCAUCUUCGAGCGGCUCGUGACGAAUCUCAUCAUGUGCGGUGGGGAUGCCGACACAAACGCAUGCUUCGCGGGCGCCCUAGUCGGCGCCUACGUCGGCUACAGCGCCUUGCCGACGCAUUGGCGAAACGGCCUGCGGUACGGCUCAUGGCUGAUGAAUAAGGCCGAGGGCCUGUGCCAGAUGCUGGGCGUCACGGAGGGGAGCUACAAGGGAUCAGAGGAUAAGGACACGGCGCCGGACGGAGGGAGGCCAAUGCCGACAGAGGCAGAUAUGGAGAGGAAGGUUAUGGAGCUGCAGGCACGGAUGGCCCAGGACGGGCAGAGGCGGAACGAGAGAUCCAAGGAAGACACAGAGAAGAAGAGCAAGUGGUUCAGGCGGAAGUAG